UCAUGACGUAAUGUUCAGUUGUUUCGUAGUCCUAUGUGGUCAGUACAGUAUUUUGUUUUCUCUUGAAGUAGUAAACGCUAAAAUUUCGAGAUUUUGUUUAUUAUUCGCUAGUAAACUUUGUAAAGAUAACUCGUAUAUAAUAUAAAGAUUCGGUAAUGGCCCGUACCAAACAGACAGCACGUAAAUCUACUGGAGGUAAAGCUCCUCGUAAGCAGCUGGCUACCAAAGCUGCUCGUAAAAGUGCUCCUUCAACUGGAGGUGUGAAAAAGCCACAUAGAUACAGGCCCGGUACUGUAGCUCUUCGUGAGAUCCGUCGUUACCAGAAGUCCACCGAGUUGUUGAUCAGGAAAUUGCCUUUCCAGCGACUUGUGAGAGAAAUUGCUCAAGAUUUCAAGACUGAUCUCCGCUUUCAAAGUGCGGCGAUAGGAGCUCUUCAAGAAGCAAGUGAAGCAUACUUGGUAGGACUGUUUGAAGAUACAAAUCUGUGCGCCAUUCAUGCAAAACGUGUAACCAUCAUGCCUAAAGACAUCCAGUUGGCUCGACGAAUCCGCGGAGAGCGUGCAUAAAAGCGAGGAAAGAACAUUUUACGUACCACUUUUCAUCUCAGAUGUAUAACAUUCAUAAACUAUAGCCUUUUUAUAUAUACUGACUGGUUCUUGUUUUAAAGUAUCACAAAAUCAUUUUUAAACUAUUAAGUUAUUACUUGUACAAGCAGCCGAAUUCGGGAGCAACGUGUUAGUUUGAUAUUAAAAUUGUUAGAUUGUGUGUAGAUGUGUCACAUUAUCUCCAUUCAUUUUUAAUGUGCAUCUUUUCACUUUGUCAUUGUGUGUGGCUUUCCAAAUUGUCCCCCUCUUUAAGUGCUGCUUGUUUUCUUAGUUUCUUUAUCAAGAGGAAUGUGCCACAAAUCUAAAAGUCCAUGUUUUACUACAUUACACUGCCAGCAUAAGUUGUGUUCAUAGUUUUCUCCCAUAACAUUAGUCACCAUCUCAUGUUGAAUACCUCUUUUGUGGAUUUUAAAAUAGAUAAUGUAAUGGCAGUAUUGUUCUAGUAGAUCAUUAGUUUGUGGUCAAAUAAAUUGAUUACAUUCCGAACCUUGUCUUUUUAUUGAGCAAAAUUAAGUUCUGGCAUUUUGUUAAUAGUUGCGUUGUUUGCAUCUGAUUAAAUUUGAAUAUUUAUUUUUUCAUUGUCGGUGGUUUUUGUUUUGAAAUAAUAUUCAUGUGUAUUUUUUAUGUUGGUGAAUGUUAUUCUCAUCUUGCAGUUUUACUUAAAGAGUGAAUAAAUAUCAUAAAAAUUUAA